UCGAAUUCGUGCGUCGGCCGGUCGAGUUGUGUGCCAAACGCUCGGCACCUGUCGCCCAACACGUGUUGCGUUCCACUUGCGCUGCGCGUCGUCUCCUUCGCUUCUCACCCGCGUACACCGCGGCGUAUACGUUACGUACUGUGGUGCAGCCAAAGCGAAAUAAUAUCUGAUUAUUCUAGUUAUGUGAACCGAAAGUGGAGUGCAUGAGAGUCUGAAAUUCAAGCACAAGCAGUGUUUUAACUCUAAUUAAAUUAUAGAGGAAGUACGCAAAAUAGGAGUGAGUUCGUGGCUCAGAAGAAUGAUAAAUAGUUUUCCCCGUUUUGCUAGAAGGCGGAACACCAUCAAUGUGAGUGCUGCGGAGUGCGUGCUCUUCCACUAGAGCUCCGUGCCGCUCGGGGGCAAUGAAAUCGCGGAAGCUGCCAAAGGGCUUCGUGCUUUGUGGCCUCAACUGUUUGACCUUUGUCUACUUCCCGCUCGUCCUGCCCAUCCUGCGAUGCUCGGCCGGAGCGGCGUCGUCGGCCAGCGGCGGUGGCUCAAAGAACGCCGACGACUUCGACUACCGGAUGCAGCGGGUGCGGAAUGUCCUCAAGGAAGUGCCCCUCAUCGACGGACACAACGAUCUGCCGUGGAAUAUACGCAAGUUUCUGAAGAACCAGCUGAAGGACUUCCACUUUGGCGGCGAUCUGCGGGAACUGGCUCCCUGGUCGUCGAGUGCCUGGAGUCACACAGAUCUGCGUCGCCUGAAGGAGGGCAUGGUCUCAGCUCAGUUCUGGUCCGCCUACGCCCCCUGCUCAUCCCAGCAUCUGGAUGCAGUGCAGCUGACGCUGGAGCAGAUCGACCUCAUACGUCGACUUGUUCAGCUCUAUCCGCAUCACAUGGCACUGGUCACGACUGCCACUGGCAUCGAACAGACGCACCGGACUGGCAAGAUAGCCAGUCUCAUUGGCGUGGAGGGCGGACAUGCCAUCGGCACCAGCCUGAGUGUCCUGCGAAUGUUCUACCAGCUGGGCGCCAGAUACUUGACUCUCACACACACCUGCAAUACACCUUGGGCGGACUGCUGCAAAGUUGACGAACCUGGAAAGUACCCGCACAUAGGCGGUCUUUCGCAGUUCGGCAAGCUGGUGGUCAAGGAGAUGAACCGACUGGGCAUGAUUGUGGAUCUGUCCCACGUCUCGGUGCCCACGAUGCUGGAUGCGCUGGCCGCCUCGAGGGCUCCGUUAAUAUUCUCGCACUCCUCGGCGCACGCCAUCUGCAAUAGUUCCCGCAAUGUACCCGAUCAUGUCCUGCAACGCAUUGCAAUAAACGGCGGUCUGGUUAUGGUGGCCUUUUAUCCGCAUUUCGUCAGCUGCUCGGGACAGGCGACAUUGCACGAUGUUGUGGCGCAUAUCAACCACAUAAGGGAGGUGGCCGGCAUCGAUCAUGUUGGCAUUGGAGCUGGCUACGACGGAGUCAACUUAGUGCCCAAAGGACUGGAGGAUGUGUCCAAAUAUCCGCAUCUUUUUGCUGCCCUGCUCGAGUCUGAUAAAUGGUCGGAGGAGGAUAUUGCCAAGUUGGCUGGCAGGAAUCUAAUACGUGUAUUCAAGGAAGUCGAAGCGGUGCGCGAUCAGAUGGAACUUUUGCGAGUGGCACCCAUUGAUCAGUCAAUUCCAGCCGAAGACAUUAUGGGCCGAUCCUAUUGUCGUUAUCAAGGACCAAGAACGUGAUAAUUUCUCCAUUUGUAAACUUCACCCAUAUGCAUACCCAUAAGCGUUUCAUUCAUCGCAAAACUGUGGCGAAAAUGGCUUAAAAAAAUUAUGUCAAGCGUACGUGUUGUAAAGUGAAACUUGUUUUAGGUUAAUUGACAAAGUUUUCCUCCUCUCAGCUAGUGAUGUUGUUGUUUUUGUCAUUGUUGCUCUGUGCGUUUGUGUGUGUGUGUGAGUGUGGCAUGAUGCUGCACAAACACAUGCAGGCGAGAACACACGCACACACACACAUGGGGAAAAAACGUCGACAUUUUGCAAUCGCUCAGAGUCGAGCAGCUGGCCAACCACUGUUGCUGCACUGAAAAAAGAAUCAAUCAGUUAUUAUGAAACCUAUUUGUUUGCUUUAUAGAUUUUUAGACUAAAAAUUAUUAGCUUGAUUUGACUUUAAUUUAAGACGAAAUCCUAUAUUGAUUAUUACAUUGAUAUAUUUUAACUUUUAAGAAUUGUAAGCUUUAAUUUCAUUCUCAGUGCACAGAACUUUUUGCGCAGCUGGCAUCGGCCAUAAACAAAUACAAAGUGGCAAGAGGAGACCGCCACCCACCACCCACAAUCGCCCCCAAAGACCACCCAACCCUUGCCCCCCUUUGCCCCCAUUCCCGAACUAGCCAACAUUGUGUAAAUAUCAUUGCCAUGUUUGUUUUUAUCUCUAGCUAUAGCUCUAAGUCAGACAAAAAGAAAGAAAACCUAAAAAAUAAGAAUGGACAGAAGAAAAAAACCAGAGCACACAAACGCUAAAAAAGUAAAGCCUAUAAUAGCGAAAGAAAAGCACAUUUAGUCUAAAAUUAUUAAGCCGAAAACAAUGUGGAAAGUGGAUUAAAAGAAAAGCCGAAGCUAAUCACAAAAGUCAAGCUCAAUGUUAGUACAGAAGGAAAAUCUAAUUUUUCAUCGUGUAUUUUUUCUAUGAAAAAGUUAUUAAAGUUUACAAGGAUAUAGCUAAUAGUUAAUGAAUUAAAUACUGAAUUUAUAAAUGCGACUUUUGGUGAGCUUAUUUGGAUCUGAUAUCGAAUAAAGUUCGUUAAUCUGAAUUCAUUAGCCCGCACUCGCAGCAAACGAUUUAAUUAUAAAACAUAAUGCGUUUAAAGAGUUUUUAAUUUCGUUAUGAUCCUAAAUGAAAUUCCCAUUUAAUUAGUUAAUUAACAUUAAACAUUUAAUUAGCCAAGGUCUACUGCAAAAAGAGGACAACCGAAAAAAAAGGAAUGUAAUUCAAUGCACGUAUUGAAUGUAACCACAUUUUAUGCAUCAUUUGUAAGGCUUAAAUGCCAAUCUUUUAAUCAAUAUUCAAGUAAGGCGAUGAAUUCGCCAACGAAUAGCAGCGAAAUGAUAAACAUAUUGUAUAAUUAAUAGAUCCAUACAAAAUUCAACCCGCCAAAAUUGCAAAUAAGUUCACAAGCAAACCAAUUAAGCGAGAAAUAAUAUUAAAUAAAUAUUGUAUAGAAAGCAAAUGGGAAAACUACAAGCGCGUUUGUUCAAUAACUAUUUAACUCAUAUACCCACACUUACUCACCUGUAUUACACACUACUGUAUAAAUUUGUACGCUUAAAAAUUUUGUUUUCAUUCAAUCAUCAAAUAUAUUUUUCGACGGGGUCAACAGAUUUUUGCAUUCCCCAGCUCACUUUAUCUAUUCCAUUUAACAGUUUAGUUUAAAGAAAUAAAAAGCGUUGAAAAAUAGGUCAAAUCAAAGCAUAUUUUAUGUUUUACGCCGUUGGUGGGCGAACGAAACAAAAAGGCGGAGAAUAACACAUGUGAUCAAAACUAAAAUUAAAUUACAGAUCUAUAUUAUUACUACUUAUAUAUAACUAUAAUAAUUUAAUGUUUAACAGCAAACAAAACUGAGAAAGAGAUUGCAAACGAAUUCAACCAUUUUUACUGCUGGUGGUAAGGAAAAUGAAAACACUUUAUUGAUUACAAAUAGCCUAUGAUAAAGUGGGAAACUUAACUGUAACCGUAUAGGAAAAUAUUGGAAAAAUGCUGAUCAUGUGAACAGUGUUUUGUCACCCUGUACAUAUUUGUAUGAAUAAUGAUCAAAUAGUAAUAUAAUUGUAUGGAAGUAUGUCAAGUUGUGAAUUUGAAAAUAACCAAAAACGAACAAAUAAUAAAUUAAUUAAUUCAUAUGUGUAAAUUGGAUGAUGUCGUAAGUGGCCAGCAGGCAAUACCGAAACAAAACAUAAAUAAAUUCAUAAAAAUUAUAAAACUAA